AAAAAAAAAAAAAUAGUAGUAGUGUGUGACUGAAAAUAAUAUAAAAUGCAUUAAUCUUUUUUAUUUAUUUUUUUUUUUUAAAUUGGAAAUUUUUUGAUCUCUCUAUUAUUUUCUUUUUCUUACGUUGAAGGAUGUCAGAAAAAGUAGAAGCAAAAUGGAAAAGCGUAAUUAAAUCAAGGUUGUUGAUUAAGCCGCCUGUCGAUUCAGAUCCUCGAAAUCUUAGUCGAACUAUGAAAGGGAUUAUGUUAGUCGGUAUUAGCUUAUGUGCAAGUACUUCAGGCUUCUCUAGUACAAUUUAUUUUCCUGGGUUACCCGAUGUAACCGUAGAUUUACAUGCACCCUCUAUAGCAACUACUUUGACAGCUGCUUUGUUUGUUUUGGCAAUGGGUAUUACGCCUAUCUUUUGGGCCUCUGCUUCUGAUCAUUUUCAAAUGAGACGUUUCCCUCUUAUGCUUUCAAUUCUCAUUUUUGGUGCUUCUUCAAUUGGCUGCGCUUUUGUUAAUAAUAUUUGGGCUUUAAUUGUUCUUAGAUGUGUUCAGUCUGUAGGCUCAUCCUGUGGCCAAUCUGUAGGAGCAGGUUCCAUUGCAGAUUGUUAUCCGAUUGAACAAAGAGGUACAGCAUUUGGUAAAUACUUUUUUGGCGUAUUUAUUGGCCCUUUAUUAGGCCCAAUCAUAGGUGGGUUCUUAAUUAUGAGCCCUCUUUCAUGGCGUGCUACCUUCUGGUUUUGCUUUGCUUUUGCUCUAGCCAUUUUUGGCUAUUUAUUUUUUUUCUUUCCUGAAACAUAUCGAGUCAAUGACAAGUUUGAUUUACAAUUACCAGUUGUUAAUAACAACAGUAGUGAUCCUAAUUUAACUAUCACGUACAAUAACGACAAUUCUCCUUCUCGAAGCAGUAGCUCUACAUUAAAUCAAGUCACUACACAACAAGAUAAAAUAAUGACACAAGAAGAACUUAAUAGAUCAAAGAAUACAAUUAAUGAAAAGACAACAAUUGCACCACCUACUAACAAGCGUAUGAAUCCUAUUGCUCCCUUUUUAUUAUUACGACAUCCUUUCAUUUUUUUGGCGUCUUUUAUUUCAGGUAUUGCUUUUGGUUGUAUGUUUGCUGUAGAAACUAUGCUUCCUGAUUUAUUCGAGCAGCAUUAUGGAUUUAAUGCAUGGCAAACAGGUCUGAGUUAUCUUGGGGCAGGUAUUGGCAAUCUUAUAGGCUCCAUAGUAAAUAGUAUGCUUUCUGAUCGACUUUUACUUCGUGCACGUCGUCUUCGUGGUGGUCAAAAGAAAUGUGAGGAUCGCUUAAGUGAGAACCUUUGGCCUGCUGGUUUAAUUUGUAUACCACUUGGGAUUUUACUUUUCGGAUGGUGUGUUUCACGUAAUCUUAGUGUGUGGGGGGCUAUUAUUGGUUUUGGUAUUCAGACGUUUGGUAUGAAUCAAAUCAUGACAGCUACCUCUGCUUAUCUUGUGGAUGCCAUGCCUAGUAAUGGCGCCUCUGCUACAGCGGCUGCUAAUUUCGUACGUAUGCUUAUGGCCUGUGUCUUGACGUUAGUCGUUAACCCUUUGGUGGGGGCUAUUGGUCCUGGUUAUACAUGUGUCCUUUUAGCUGCAUUAGCCUACGUCGGUAAUAUAUGUCUUGUAAUACUUAAAUGGAAAGGUGAAGCACUUCGAAGAUGGAGUGGUUUUGAUUGCUCUAGUUAAACAAAAAUAAUACACAAUAUGCCCCACCCCUCUCCCUUCUCUCCCUUAAUUAUAUACAUUAAUAACUUUUUUUUUGUUUCAUGUUAGAUAUUAUUCCUUUACAUAGACUACAUAUUUACAAUACAUUUAUCUAUUUUUGUCCUAAAUUACUUUUACUUAUUAUAUAUUUAUAUAUAUAUAUUUUUUGUUAAUACAAUAAAAAAUAAAGUAUACAUAUUCUAUAUU